AUUUUAUCAUUAUAUAUUUGCAUUUUUAUUUCACUCGUAGUAAAGUACUUAUUCAACAUUUCUUUUUUAUUUAUUUAAUAAUACAAAUCGUGUGAACUACUCCAUUAAAUUAAAUUAAUCUUACAAAAUAAGUUUUAUUUUGGGCAAGUUUCCUUUUUUAUUUGAUCUUUGCUUCUGUCCAUAAAGAUAAUUCUGUGAUUUAAAAUUAUUACUUUGAAUAUUGCUUUAAAGCGGAGCGGCCGCCGCCGCCGUUCGGUGGGGUGGUGCUUCAUUGUGGAUUUGGGCUUCUCCAGCCACCUUCAUCCUUUUAUAUUCAGUUAUGCCCGCCAAGUAAAUUGAAACCCCUUCUACGUGAAAAAAAUUUACACUCAGCAACAGCGCCCGCCAUGUGUAUUCCAAUUCUUCAACACAGAAUGGAUCACCACCAGCAAAGCAAACACAGCGUCAUUCGGUCGCAGUGCUAUAAAUUUGCUGAUGCUGGUCUAUUGUUGAUGACAAUAAGACAGAUAGAUAUUUGAUAAUUUUAUAUUAAUUUAAUUAUUUUAAUUUUGUAUUCUGAUACAAAAUUUUUAUCGGUGCUGAUGGAAACAUUUGAUAAUUCUUUAGAUAAUAGGGGUUUUUCUUUUUUAGUUCUGAACAGAGUCUGAACUGUCAAAAAAAAAAAAUCUUAUUUCUUUUUUGUUCAGAGCUUCAAAAUGUGUAUCUUUUUUGAUCUCAAAUCUGUUUCAAUAUUUAUUCAGAACCCUCAGAACACGUUCAGUUCAGACUCUGUUCAUCUCAACUAAAAAAGAAAAACCCCUAAUUGAAUCCGUUCAAUUUGUUUCACGUUUUCCAUUGGCGCGUUCAAACUUGAGUCACUUUCCAUAACAAAAUUCUAAAAAAAUAACGAAAAGCUUCAAAAUACAAUAAAAUAAAAACUAACAAAUCGACGGUUAAACUUCAUAACAUCGUAAGUCGAAAAAUUCGAAAAAAAAUGUUAAUCCAAACAAUUCAGAAAAUUCAGAGCUAUCUUUUGGUAUAUUCAGUUCAACAAUGUUGUUUUGAACAUUUUUUAGGAAUGACGAAACUCAAAAGGUCGUAUUGAUAGAUCCCAUACAAAAACACAACAUAUUGUUUUUUUAUUUCUGAAAAACUUGCAAAAACGACUUACGAGGUUAUGAAGUUUAACCGUCGAAAUGCUUUAUUUUAAGUUCCUUUGGUAUCAAAAAGUUUUAAAAUAUUGUCAAAAAAUUAACGAAUACCUUAUUUUCAGUUAAAUUAGUAUCAAGAACUUUUAAAAUACUUUCAAUUGAAAGAUUAACAAAUAGUUUUAAAAUUUGUAUAUCAAUAUCAAAUGAAAAAAAACGAAUAGCUAAGGAAUACAAUGAAACAAAAGCAACCAAGUUUGUUUGAACUCAUAAUUUUACUUACAAACAAAAGCUAUUGCUAUCUUUUAAAAUAUUUGUUUUCUCAUUUUUCCACGAAAUAAAUUAAUUGUUAGUUCAAGGCAUUGAAAUACGAACAAAAAAUCCAUACUAUAUACUCUUUAAGGCCCCACUACCACUUAGCUAGCUACAGAUUUAUUAACGAGUAAUUAGCUGAACGCAUUCAUUUUUAAAGAGUUCAACUUUUCAUUUAGUUUGACGUUUACAACUCAAAAAGCCAAAGCCAAAUUUUAAUUGUGGGUGAAAACCUUAAGACUCAUUAAAGCCGAUCAAAAAUCACCAAUCCUUGACGUAAAAUAAGACCCAAAACAAGAGCUAAUAGAAGAAUCGUGAAAAAACUACAACAAGGAGUUAAAGAAAAAGACUCAUUAAAGCCGAUCAACUAUUUAAAGAUUACCAUACCUUGACGCAAAAUAAGACCCAAAACAAGAGCUGAUAGAAGAAAAUCAAAAAACUUCAACAACAUUGGUCAGGAGUUAAAGAAAAAGACUCAUUAAAGCCGAUCAACAAUUAAAAAAUCACCAUUCCUUGAGGUAGAAUAAGACCCAAAACAAGAGCUGAUAGAAGAAAAUCAAAAAACUUCAACACCAUUGGUCAGGAGUUAAAGAAAAAGAAAACAACGACUUCAAAAUGGAUGCUGAAUUACCAAGUAGUGAACUUGUUGAUGGAAGUGACGUCGAAGUGAAUCUUCAAUCUGAACAAAGUUCAAUAAUUUAUAUGAACGAAAAAGGCGAAUUAUCAUUAGUCAAUCCCAAUGAUCCAAACCAAUUAAACAGGGUUGAAGUUACAGUUCAAAAUAUCAUUCCUCAAAAAGACGCUGAAACAAACGAUGAUGACUUAGAAUUAGCCAAUCUACUCAUGUCGUGGGAACUCUAUGACCAACUUUACAAAUUUCUUAAAGACAAGAAAAUCAACAUUGAGGGGUUGAAAUGCAUGAAGGAAAGACAUAUCGACCAAAUAUUCUUGGAAUUCCCAGACUUCAACACAAAAAUGAUCUUCGAGUCUAAAUUAGGAAUUUGGCAAAACGAAAAUGGAGUUUUUACUGUGAGUCCGAGGCCCGUUAAUAAAUUGACCAAUCAACACUCAGUAGAAUCGUGGGUUAACACUUUGAGUAGUCCAUCGCCAACAAGUAGUUCAUCGGAUUCUGAUGUAACUGUACUAGAAAUUUUGAAGAAAACAGAACAGGGCAGAGCAAUUUUAGAAUCCUAUCGCCUCAAAAAUUGUUUGACUCCAGAGGAUCGAACAAAUUUGGUCCACAAAAUUGUCCAAUAUUUUACUGAAAAUAAAAAGAAAAUGACGGUUAAGAGGUGUGAAAUCUUGGCAGAGGAAAUCGUAAAAAUUUUUCCUACAGAAAACUUGGGUUCGUACUUUGUUCGAGGGUUUAACAAAAUCCCCCCCAAGGGUAAACUGUACGACCGAUAUAGAGGACAACGAAGAUCUCUAAAGCAGCUCUAUAAAACUGAUCCCACGUCAUCAAAGAAAGUUAAACUGGCAGAAGUGGAAGAUAAUUCCAAAGAGGAUUGUGAUGAAGAACCAAUAAACGAGACCGAGAUGCAAAGGGUUUGCGACGAGCUGAAACAAAACCGGGACUGGGAAACAGUUACUAAACAAUGGAAACAAACUAUGCCAUUCAGGAGGGAUAUGAUUUCCCAAAGCUCUGACAUUGACCUCCAGACAGUCCUUCAGGAGUGGCCGCUUUACAAAUAUUCACGAGCGCCAGAACUGAUUGCCAUGGAUUACAAUUUUAUAAAACCGAAUAAUGGGUUCGACUUCACCAAAUGGGAACAAUUUUCGAAAAUAGCCCUAGAAUUGUUCACAGCGAGGAUCAAGUGCAGCGCUCUUAAAUCAUUCCUCAAUGAAUUCAGGGAGAAUAUUGACGACCUUGACAUAGGUAGAACCUUGUUGAAUCCAUGUUCUACAUAUACAGUACUGGACAAAAUAAAAUACGCACUAUCCGAACUUUCACAUUUAUGCUAUUCUCGCUCCCCAAGUUAUCAAUAA